CACCCAUCUCCCUUCUGAACCCUCCCUUCCCCCCUUCCCCCCCUCUCCAAGCACCCCGGUCCUGGUCACCCAUCAAAGCCGGCUUUCCCUCCCCUUUCGCCCCUUCCACUUAGCCUGCCCCGCCCCGCCCCGCCUUGCACCUGCCGCCCCUCAACACCAACAGCCGCCAUGGACGAGUGGGAUACCGUCACUUAUAUUCGCCGCCCUGGUGGUAGUACCGCCAGCCGCAACACCGGUCAGCUGCGUACCGAGGCUGACCUGAAUAGAGCCCGACGUCUGAAUGCCAAUAUCCAGACCGAGCGUCGCCCCCACGCCCCCGGCAACCGUCGCACCACCGACCUGAAUGCCGCUCGUCUCGACCGUGAAACCGAGGAGCUCCAGCACCGGCGCGUCUCUGUCGAGGUCAGCCGGACCAUCGCGCGUGCGCGCACCGAGAAGGGCCUCACGCAGAAGGAGUUUGCCAGCAAGAUCUUCGAGCUUCCGAGCGUGGUCUCCGAAUAUGAGAAUGGCCGGGCCAUUCCCAACCAGCAGGUCCUCUCCAAAAUGGAGCGCGUCCUUGGCGUGAAACUCCGCGGCAAGGGCAUUGGCGAGCCGAUCCAGGCGCGCGUUCCCAAGAAGUAAGUGCCUGCUAGCGGCCUUCCUUCCUGUGGCGCGCAUCCGCGCGCCUGCGCACGGUGCAGGCACCACGCACAUCCCCCCUCCCCCCCCCCUCCCACACACGCACAUCGACAUCGACAUCGGCAUCCACACAUCGAUAUCCACAUGGGUAGCGACACUCUUCAAACACAACUGACGGUGGACAUGGGUGCACGCAAAGCCCCCUCCACCCCCUCCACUGCACACACACACACACACACA